AUGAGAGCAGUUUUAUUGGCUCUCGUGCUCUCAAUUUUCGACAAAACCAACUCAGCCGCCAUCGAUGAAGAUUUUGGAAAGUUUUUCAACGGCGCAAGGCCUUUCAGACGUUCUGAAAAUGCGAAAAUUUCAGACCUGGCCAAAGGCACUGCUCCGGCAUUUCUCCUUCAUCUUUACGAAAAGCUCAAAUCGCUGGACGAGGAUUCGCAACAAAAGCUCCUCGCCGAUGGGAACACCGUCCGCGCCGUUUACCCAAUAGAAGAUGCUGAAGGCAGGUGGAUCUUUGACGUUUCGGCUUUGCCGGAGAACGAGAAAGUCGUGACAUCCGAGUUCCGGGCGGUAUUAGGACCCGGCCCUCAGAAACACAUGAACAUACGACACACAGCUACAGUAUCUGUCCUCCAACUCAGCAUUUCUCAAAAACCGACGAGAUUUUUACCAGAAAAUUUCACAAAAACAAAGUCAUCAACUGUCAUUCCUCGAUCUGAUGUUUGGACGAGUGCACUUUUCAAACGCCUUAUUCACGAAGCAGUUGAUGAGAACACAUAUCUUCAGCUUGAUAUUGAUAGUUUACCUGAAAAUCAAGACUUCAUGCCGAUAUUGGUCCUCUACUGCAACGACAUCGACCAAAAUGUGCCGGAAAAGAUGGCAGAGCCACUUGACAGUCUUCUAAGAAAAAGAAGAGAGACAACAUCUUUUCCUUUGAGCACGGAAGAAGAGCAAAAGACGCGCCGAAAACAACGAAGAGAACGAAAAUGUAAAAAGCGAAAGAAUACUCGUAGAAAGUCCUGCUCAAAGAAACAUUCAAGAAAAUUGUCAGAAAAAAUGAAGAAGAGAAAGUGCCAGAGAAAGAGUCUUCAUAUCGACUUCAAUGAAAUCGGCUGGAAUAGCUGGAUUAUUGAGCCAAAAAGCUUCGAUGCAUUCUAUUGUGCUGGCCAAUGCGGCUAUCAUGAGAUGCUGAGCUCGAAGAAAUCAAACCACGCAUUUCUCCAAUCAAUCAUGAACAGAUACGAGCCAGAAGUGCCCCUGCCCUGCUGCGUUCCAGACAAACUCGCUCCUCUGAGCAUUUUAUACAACGAAGAGAGCUCGCAACACGUCGUUCUCAAAGUCUAUCCAAAUAUGUCCGUACUUUCGUGCUCGUGUAGAUGA